AUGUCGUCUUCAAGAUUGCCGAAUAUACCUUCUCUGCGGAAACAACAAUUAUUAUUGGAAUUUCGGAGUAUAAAGCAUGCGCCGCCUACUGGAGUAUACGUGAACAUCGCCAAUCCCACAGAUCCAACAUACUGGUCUGGAGUCAUAUUCAUUCGAAAAGGUCCCUAUGCCUCGGCAAUCCUCCGUUUCAACAUCAAAUUCCCUCCCACCUAUCCCGAACUUCCUCCGCUCAUCACAUUCACAACCGACAUAUUUCAUCCGCUGAUUGUGCCUUUGACGACUUACACAUUCACUACGGGCUCGUCGAAUGAAGUACCAGUCAGUGCGACUGACGAAGAGCGACUGUCUCCCGGAGCGUUCAGCUUACGACAUGGCUUUCCACACUGGUUUGGACGAGCUCAGCGAACUGCCAAUAACUCGCGGGCUGGGUCUCGCAAUGUGAGCGGGGGUAGUAUGGCUCCUACUGCGGUGACGGAUAAGGAAACAGUUGAGCAGAACGGCCCCGAUGCGGGGAGCAGCUCUCCUGCACCGGAUAACACGAUCAAAGAAGAAGAGACUCAGUCCACUGCCGAAGAAACCUCGAAACAGGAAGUUAAUCCUCGCAUCUCCAAAGUUCCUACAUCUACUCUCUUUGAGAAUAAAACAGUACAUGUGGUGUCAUUGUUGGAUUACAUCCGCUCAACGUUCGAUGAUGAGACUGUGUUAGAUGGUCUCCCACUUGAUGCUGCUGGAAAUCCUGGUGCAUGGCACGCCUGGAAGGCGCAUCGCCGAACUGAUGGUACCUCUGGCCCCGGCACUCCCAUUAAAAGAGGGUCGCCUCAAGCCCGCUUACCCGGCGAGUGGAACUGGGAAGGCGUAUGGGCAAAGAGGGUGCAGAGUGGUAUACAGGCAAGCCAGUCUGAUGCUGCGUUGUUCGCCAGUACUCCUCGAAUGGAAACGGACUCUAUCCGUCGAAGUAAGUCUCAUGGAAGGCCGACCAGAAAAGAAGGUUCCAAUGCAGCCCACCCCAAGAAGCGCGCCGGAAAAGUGCCUUCGACAGGUUCAAUUCUCAAAGAUGAAGACCAACUCCAAAGCAAGAGAGCAAUCAAAACCGAGUCACAGAAGGAAGGCAAGAUGUCUCAAUUCCUUCACGCCUUAGAUAAGAAACUCAUCAAAGCUUCGGCCCGUGGAUUUUCGAAACGAUUAGCAAGCAACAAUCGGUCACCUCAAAUCGAGCAUGCCAUUUAUUCGUCAUUGAAGUAUAACUUUGCUCCUCCAAUAUCUGUGGUGAAUAUGGAUAUGCAUGUGGAUGAUACUCUGAGCGAUUUCAAGAAAGCUGAAAUCUAUGCCCAUAUCACCAUAACAGUCGACGUGAGCCUUGAAAGCGUACAAUAUAUUCCAUACAGUCUGGCCAUCGCUGCUGUGAUUUUGUUGAACAUGACAUCCGAUAGAGAGAUGAUCAGAGUGACUGCCAUGGCUCAGGCAAUUUUGGGCAAACUGCAAGAAAACGACUCAGUCGUGGUAGCAUGCGUGAACUUUGAAAGGAACGACUGCAUCGAUGUACUCUUUUCGACAAGAGGAAACUGUGAUUUUGACCUUGCGACACUGUUGUCCAACUGUACGUCAGCUGGAAAAAAACUCAUCAGCGGUGCUUUCCCAGAUGAUGAGCUUCUGAGUGUUGCUGUCGGCAACUCAUUUCAACUGUUUGGCCAAAACAAUCCUUCAGUACCGCAUGUUUUUCUGGUAUCAUCCAAUCACGAUACGACAUUGAACACUACAUACAACGCUGAUGUGGGAUUGACGACGGUCAGCCUCGAAGACCAUUACGAUAUCGGGUCUACUCCACGUCCGGGUUGGCAUAUUUACCCCGAACUGAAUCUCGACCAAAGCUCUUCCUUUGACUUCCAACACAAGGUUGAGAAAGCUCUCUUUCAUAUUCGGUCCGGCUUUUGUUCAGGAAAUAUCACAGAUCUGAACGUCAGAUUUGCGCUUGCUUCUGGAUGUGAAGUCCAGGUCUGUGGAAGGACGUCCAUUGCUUCAUUGCGUCCUGGAGAGACAUGGAAGCUUUUAGUUUGCAUCAAAUUGGCUGGGGAACAGGGGUCGAACAGACUUGAGCGCGAAAUCAAGUCUAUUUUACAUUACGGUGACUUCUCUGGUGCAGAUGAUGAUCGAAUGGGAAAUAUCCUUGUGGCAACACUACGGUCUAAUCAUUCGCUGCAACCGGGCUGCUCAUUGAAAAUGGUCAAGUCUUGCUCUAUUGUGCAUGAAUGA